GUUUGGAUCCAAGACUCUGAUUAGAGGAUGAGGCCUGGCCAGGGAUGCAUCCACACCUGCACCCUCCCUGGGGAGGUUUACCAGAUGACAGAAGGCAGAGUGUGCCAAGUGCAGCUGCUUGACGACAGGAAGCUGGAGCUGCUGGUUCAGCCUAAGCUGCUGUCACGUGAACUGCUCGACUUGGUGUCCUCCCAUUUCAACCUCAAAGAGAAGGAAUUCUUCGGACUAACGUUUGUUGAUGACAAUGGUCAGUGUAAGUGGCUGCAGAUGGACCGCAGAGUUCUUGAACAUGACUUCACGAAGAAGACGGGGCCCAUUGCCCUCAACUUCCUGGUCAGGUUCUACAUAGAAAACAUCACCCAGCUGAGGGAUAUCAUAACAGUGGAGCUGUUCUUCCUGAAUGCAAAAUCUGCUGUCUACAAUGGGAUUAUAGAGGUGGAGAGUGAAAAUGUCUUCAAAUUAGCUGCAAGUGCUUUGCAGGAGGCUAAGGGAGACUACACAAGUGAUGAAAACACCAGAGCUGACCUAAAAAAGCUUCCAACUCUUCCUACCAAAGUGCUCAAGGAGCAUCCAUCACUUGCGUACUGUGAGGAUCGUGUGAUUGAACACUACAAACAGCUGAAAGGAGUCUCCCGAGGACAGGCCAUCGUGCAGUAUCUGACUUUAGUGGAAUCGCUGCCCACGUAUGGUGUUCAUUAUUACGAAGUUAAGGACAAACAGGGGAUCCCAUGGUGGCUUGGAAUCAGCUAUAAAGGAAUCGGACAGUAUGAUUUGCAGGAUAAACUUAAACCAAGAAAGCUAUACCAGUGGAAGCAGCUGGAAAACCUGUACUUCAGGGAGAAAAAAUUUGCUGUAGAGGUUAAUGAUCCACACAGGCGGGCAGUGACCAAGCGUACCUUUGGGCAAACAGGCCUCCUCAUCCACACGUGGUAUGCCAGCCAUUCUCUGAUCAAAACCAUUUGGGUCAUGGCGAUUAGUCAGCAUCAGUUCUACUUGGACAGAAAGCAAAGCAAAGCUAAAUUAGGCGCAGCAAGAAGUUUGGAGGAAAUUGCCAUGGAUCUGACAGAGCAGGGGGGAUCGAAAAUAACCAGGUUAGGAGACACUGGGUUGAAGAAUAACCUCAUAACAGCCAGCAACGGGAGCCUGGUAUCAACAGGUUCUGCAGAUUCUGAAGUGAGUGAGGAGCAGAAGAGGGAGAAGAUCUCUGAGCUGAGGAAAAAAGAACAAGAGAUCCAAGAAAUUUUGGCUAAGAAAACAAAAGAGCUGAAGAAGAUUUGCCUGAGAGAGGCGGAGCUUACGGGCAAGCUGCCAAAAGAAUAUCCCCUGUCUGCAGGGGAGAGACCCCCUCAAGUCAGGCGGCGAAUUGGCACCGCUUUCAAGUUAGAUGACCUUUUCCCCUACAAUGAGGACCCUUACCUAAGGAACCUGGAGAGCAGGUUUGCCCUGCAGCAAAAGAUUGUGGAGGCAGCUAAGAAGCUGGCAAACGAGGCAGAGCUGUGUAAAACAGUCAAGAAAAAGAGGAGAAGGAACUGUCUGGACGCCAUGCACAAACUCCAGCAGAUAGAGGACGAAAUGAACCAGUACAGAAUCAAGAUGGGGAAAAAGCCCACGCAGCGAGCCUCAGUGAUCAUUGCAGAUGAACUUGUCCGCUCAGACUGCAGCUCCCUGUCAAGUCUACCAAUGGAUGAUGAUGACUCGGACAGUGCAAGUCAGAGGCCACGGUCGCGUUCAGUUCAGGGCUCCCCUCAGCUCAGUCCGAUGCGUUCCCUGGGCGCUGAUGUGGAAAGACAGGGAUCACCAAGGGAAAAUCACCACCACAAGAACCUCAGCAGAUUAGCUUUGGAAGGCCAGGAGUCUUCCCACUUCUACCAGAAUCCAAGAGAUGUCUCCUCCACCCACAGUAGCCCUUAUAAAACCCUACCCAGACCUCCUCGAGAUCCACGCAGCAUGCCUCCCACCCCGGUUAUGACCCGCAAUGCCUACAGCAGCAGCCAGCUCAGGUCAGAGGGGUCCUCUCAUUGCUUCAGGCAUCGCAGUGGAAGUCUGGAGUCACAGUCUCGGCUAAGAAAGGAGACCGACUCGGAGAAGCCUGUUUUUAUCUUGUCACCGGUGCACCGCAGCAACAGCACAGAGGCCCUGGAGGAUUGUUCCUCCUACACCAGUCAGUCCAGUCUGGACUACUGUGGAGCAGCCAACUCCCAGUUCAGCACGCUGGACUCCCGAACCCCAAACAUGCAUCGUCUACACAGGAGAGUGGAAGUGUACGGGAAUACCGGGAGUAUGCCCAAUUUGGUGCAGCACCCCUCUGGUUGUAGUUAUGUAUAUGACACCCCAGCACACUAUGCACCCAGUGCCUACUACGUAGCCGGCUACCCCUGUCCGGACAUGGAGCCUUACGCAAACGGUGCCUACAUGUAUGAGAAUGAGGUUGAGGGCCACUACAACGUCAACCCUUCCUACCAAAUAAAUGGGUAUCAUGGACACGACAGAUACAGGCACUACAACAGUGACCGGACAGAUGGUCUUUCCCAAAACCCCUACGCCACCAUGAGGCCACCGCGGAGCAAGCAGGGGCCCAGGAACGAGCUGCUGGCCAAGAGUAUGCAGAAGGCCUUGGUGGCAGAGCAUCUGAGGGGCUGGUACCAUCGCAGCGGCGGGCACAGGGAGGGAGGGAGAGGGGUGCUGGCCGGCUACGACUACGACAGCGGCUCUCAGCUCAGCCUGGGCUACCAGACCAUGCCAGCUCCCUUCAGCCACUCCAGCCGUGCCACCUCCUACUCCUCAGUGUCCUCAGUGGCUAGCACAGGGAACUGGCGCAACCAGCUGGCGGUGGGCCUAACAGAGUACGAUUCGCCCGACACACCUCAGUACCCUCACCAUGGAGCUCCCGGUGCGCCAUACAGCCGCAGUCCCACACACAGCAGAUUUUCUCCAGAAAGCAAAAUGUCGAAGUCUGACACAAUGCAUAACAAAUCAGAUUCAGUUGAGGUGGCUGGUGCUGAGGCCACUAGUACAGAUGAACCAUCAGACAACCUUUCUAGCACUUAAAGGAUUUCACCUGGACGGAAGUUACAUGAGCAUUCACUGAAGAGGACCAAACCAAACACUGGCACAAACAAAGCCAUCGGACAGUAGCACAUGAAGGGGAUGGUGAACUUGAAACAUAGGCUGUUGUACACUAAUUUUCUCGCUGCCAUAACUCCACAACCCAGGAGAUGCUCUGCCUGCUAAGUCCAGGCAGAGUUUAGAUGUAUGCAGUCCUCAUGUUAAAGCGACCUCUGAACUCAAUGAUGACACUCUUGAAUGACUUUACCAUGUGCCUUGGAUUGGAUGGAUUGUGCAGGCAGAUGAGAAUGCGGCAAAAAUCACAAAAUAUACUGUAAGGUGUUGCACAACCAUAUUGGAUUUAAGCAUACGACGACGUAAAACGAGGCAACACUCCAUACGUUUGUACUGUAGUUGGUGAAUCCAACUUAACUGUAUAUUUUAACAACUAGCUAUUGCCUUACAAAAUGGUAGGUGAUAGUAAAAAAUGAUUUCCAAUACUUUCAUCUCAAUAAAAUGUUAUUAAAAAAAAUGUUUUGAACAUAACAUCCAAAACUGGACAUAAAAAUUGAGAAUGUUCAGAAAUGUGACAUGACAAAAAAAAAGAAAAAAAAAAAGAAUUCACCAUGCAUUACAGCAGACUGUAUUCAUUGGAUUCAUAUUUCUUCCUUUCUCUUAACUUUGAAUCAGAAUGUCAGUGUCAAUAAUAUUGUUUAUAGAACCAUUUGUCUUUGUUAGUGCUGUACUGUGUUUUAAAAUGCAUGUUGAGAAUAUCAGUUUUUAAUAACAGCCUCAGCCUUUUUAUAUCAAUUGACGACCACUGCCCUGCAACCAUACUCAUUUGUUUUCUCACGUUUGUACAGUCAGUGUGUAGUUAUAUGUUGUUAGACAUCGCCAUAAAAUGUUUUUCAUCCAAACAAGGACAUGAAUAAAUACUUGUGUGACACA